GUGUUUGAUCGAGAAGCACUUUAGUUUGAGAGAUAACUAUGGUGGGAACAAUGCAGAAAUUAUUGUUAAUAUUUCUACUUGUAUCAUUUUCUGUUAAUAUUUUAUCAUUAGAUCCUAUAUGUAAGCUGCCGUUGGAAACUGGAAUUUGCAGAGCGGAAUUUUACAGAUUUGGUUAUGAUGCUAAAUUGAAGGAAUGUAGACAAUUUUUGUAUGGAGGAUGUCGCGGUAAUGAAAAUAAUUUCAAAACUUUUGAAGCCUGUCAAGCAGUUUGCCAGUAAACUGUACACAUUAGUUUAGACCCUAUGAUUAACAUACUAUAUGUACAGGACAUACUACAGCACUAUCUACACCCAAACCAAGCACACGAAUAGUCAGACUCAUGGAGAAAGCUUUUUCUUUUUUUAUUGUUAUUAUUUUUAAAUAACCCUGAACAAUUAACACAGCGCA